AUGGACGAGCCACCACCACUAAACAUGGACCAGCCACCAUCUUCACUAAACAGGGACCAGCCAGCACCAUCACUAAACAUGGACCAACCACCAUCUUCACUAAACAGGACCAGCCACAACCUCACUAAACGUGGACCAGCCACCAUCUUCACUAAACAGGGACCAGCCAGCACCCUCACUAAACAUGGACCAGCCACCAUCCUCACUAAACAGGGACCAGCCACAACCCUCACUAAACAUGGACUAGCCACCAUCUUCACUAAACAGGACCAGCCAGCACCCUCACUAAACAUGGACCAGCCACCAUCUUCACUAAACAGGACCAGCCAGCACCCUCUCUAA